AUGAUACGCGUGGGCCGGAGUGUCGUGGCCGGCGUGGCAUUGGCGCUGGCCACCGCCACGACGCGCGCGAGCAGCAGGAGCAGCAGCACCUCAUACUCGACCAAGUCGGGUAUUCUACCGUGGGUAGACCCGGACACGCCCAGCAACCGACAGACGUACACCACGUCGCGCGGAGACACAUGGACGCUCACCAUGAGCGACGAGUUCAACACUGCAGGCCGCAGCUUCGACGCGGGUGACGACCACCUCUGGACGGCCCUAGAGAAGGCUGAUGGUGUCAAUUCAGCUCUGGAGGUUUACUCCAAGAACAUGACAGGCACAGAGUGUGACAACGACGGCCGCUGCUACUUCUACAUCAACACGACGGACGAAGUCAUCGAGGAGACGGUCUGGAACAACUACAUCUCGCCCCCAGGGUACGAGACGUGUACUUCUACUACCGUGCGAGCCGCCAACAUCGACUACUACCCGACGUGGCCCGGAAUCUGGCUCAUGGGGAACCUUGGUAGGGCCAUCUUCUCAGCGUCCACCAGCAGGAUCUGGUCAUUCACGUACGACGAGUGCAACGAGACCAUCUUCUCGUCCCAGAACCAGCGCAUCAGCGCGUGUGACGACGAUCCCGGCUCGGGUUUGAACGCGAAUCAGGGGCGCGGAGCUCCCGAGACCGAUAUCCUUGAGGGUGGUGGUACUGCCAUCUCGUCGUCCAUUCAGGUCGGCCCUGGCAUGCCCGAAGACUUCCGCAUGUUCACGGACAACUCGCCCGAGUACUGCUUCUACAACUACGACUGCACCACCGAAGGCGCCAACAACCAGGACGUCCCCACCAAGUACUACUGGAAUAUCCGUGGCCAUAAAUCCUGGUACCAGGGGCUUCGAUACGGCGCCAACAACAUUUGCGACGUCGAGGAAGACGAUAUCCAAAGCUUUGCCACUAUCAACGCGUCGUUGACCAAGGGGAUCACGGAAAACGCGUGCACUAUGGAGCUCUGUCCGGCCUCGUACGACGUCAACGCGGACUUGGGCUACAAGGACAACGGCACCGUCCACUGGGGCGUGAACACCAACGGCACGUGCUUCCCCAAGCAGAACGCCUACAUGGGCGCGUACUUGUGUAACGCCGGCAACACCAACUCGGAGUGCACUGCUUCAAGCGGAUCCACGAGCGCGGGGUCAGAGUUCGCGUACCAAAUGGACGCCAUCUCCACGGACUGGGAAGUGCACAUGGCUGCGUACUUGGACUGGGUCACAUACACUGUCGAGUGGGUCAUGGGCGACUACGGCUACAUCCGCUGGGAGGUGGAGAACCAAGUGAUCUUCGAGAUCCCAGCCGAGUCGAUCAUCAACCCGCCACAGGACACGGCACAGAUGAACCCCAAAAAGAUCAUGAUCGAGGAACCAAUGUACAUCAUGUUCAACGUGGCUCUCUCCAGCUCCUGGGGAUCUUCACCCCCUCACGCAGGAGAAGGAAGCUGCCGUGGUGACGGCUCCAGCUCGGAAGACAACGCAAUCUGCGACUCGUUCCCCAUGUAUCUGAAGAUCGACUACAUUCGACUGUACCAAGACACAUCCGACAACACCGACAUGACCAUCGGCUGCGAUCCCUCCUCUCACCCGACCAAGCAGUGGAUCGAGGACAACAUCGACGACUACAGAGACACCGACAACCCGGACACAGCCGUGUCGGGCAUGGCGUUCUGCAACUCGGACGAUGACUGCACUAUCGGUGUCUCGUCGGUGAUCACCGGUAGCUGCAACUCGGACGGUCGGUGCGAGUGCUCCUCGGACUCUUGGACGGGCCCGCGAUGCACGGAGGCCGCGAGCGAGAGUGGCAGCGGCAGCGACGAUAACCUGUACGGACCCCCGAUGUACGUGUCAAUGCUGAUCGGAAUUGCUGCCAUCGUGGUGACGCUCUGCGUGAUCGCGUACCAAGUGACUCAGCGCAAGAAGAACCUCGCUCGCCUGCGCGAACACGCCAUCAAGAUGCAGCACGAAAAGGACUUGGGCGCGGCACCUUCUCAUCGAUGGGUGAGGCUAUCGUUGUAG